GAACCGCGCACGGUGUUGACCUUCCGGAACCUCAGAGCUGGUCACCAUCUGCAUUCUGAGGACGAUCUGGGGAUCUGCUCUUUUGCCCUCAUUCAAUCACGUGAAGCCUGGUGGGACACUGCGAUGGCGGCUCAGAUGACUGAUGCUCAUCGGCGGUUCUUGCAGGUUCUGAUGUCUAAGGGGAUAACAGAAGGAUCAGAGGCCAGGAAAUUACACCACCACUGCUGUGAAACUGAUAAAGUUUACUACGCGCACGAUAAACUGGACGAUUUCAUCAGCACUAUUAACAGGCACCUGCAGCCUUUGUUUAUGCAGGUCCGGAAAGGAAUGUCAGAAGAGGAUGGGAGAGCACAUUAUGCUGUAGUGAAUUUGGCAGAAACUGAAAUAACUAAAAUGGCAUCUGACUAUACGGAAAUUGAAUUAGAGUUGUUCAGAAAAACAAUGGACCUAAUCAUUUUAUCAGAAAAUGGCUUUGCCUCAUCUACAGAUAUUUUAAACUUGGCUGACAAGCUUAAGACAAAGAAAAUGAAGAAAAAGGAAGCAGAACAAGUGCUGAAAGUUUUUGUGGAGGAUAAGUGGCUCUCUGAGAAAAAUGGAGAAUAUACUCUGCAUACUCGUUGCAUAAUUGAAAUGGAACAGUACAUUCUCAGCAACUACCAGGACGUGGCAAGGAAAUGUAACAUCUGUCGCAGCCUCGCAGUCCAGAGCCAAGUCUGUGAAUCCUGUGGAAUUGGAAUGCAUUUACCUUGUGUCAGAAAGUACUUCAAAGCUCAGACUGAACCCCGUUGUCCGAAGUGUAAUGAAUUCUGGUCUUGUGACAUCCCAGGUAUGAGUCGGAUGACCUCCCAGUCACCAUAGAGCUCCGUUCUCAGCCCUAGAUGAUGCCAGUAGAACUUGCUGUCAGUGACAGCUGUUUUCACUCACUCUGGCAGAACAGCUAGACUGUGUUGUAUUCAUUAGUAACAGUGGCCAGUGUACUUAUUUUCUGAAGUUCUAAGAAUCUUAUAAUAAAACUAUUGUUGACCUUCCUGUUCUCCUUCACA